AUGCUGAAAUGGCUCCGCGACAAAGACUUCAUCAACAACAGUGACAUGACGACGACACAAACUGUCAUGACGGGAGGCGUCGUCAGUGUUCCUGACGAAAACUACGACGAGUUCCUGCAGCUGUAUGCCGAGGAGGUCAGAAGCAAGAACAAAACUCUGUCUUUCUCGGAGCUGAGAUCUGAUCCUGUGUUCUGCAUGUACUUUGACGUCGACAUGCUGGGCACUGGCGUGCUUGGUGCGGCAGAGUCGUCCAGGAUUUUCUCGGUCAUUCAGUCUGUGAUCAGAAGCUACUACACCGGAGACCAGAAUGACGACCGUUUCCGAUGUGUCGUGUGCGACACGAGUGUCAAGAAGGUACCGUCCGCGGACGGGGAAACGAUGCUGACAAAGAACGGGUAUCACGCUAUAUUUCCAAACCUCAGGAUCAACCUUUCGCAAGCGCUUCAGCUCCGCUACAGCGUGGUGUAUGAGCUUGAGAAGACGCUGGGACCGCGGACGGGUAGCCUGAACCCAUGGUCGGAUGUCAUAGACAAAGCUCCCUACACCGGCGGCCUGAAGAUGUGCGGGUCGUUCAAGCGUGUCAAGUGCACUGACUGCAAGAAGACAGACCCCACGUUCAAAGACAAGAAGAAGGCGUUGCUUUCUGAGAUGGCAAAAUUGCGUAAGAAAAUCUAUCCCCGCCAGCCCGGUUUCGACUACACCGACCUCUCGGACAUCCACUCGGAUGAGUUCAAGGAUGCGGUCUUUGGAGACAAGUACGGCAAGUACCUGGACCUUACCGGCUUCAACUCGUGCAAGAUGUGCCUUAACACCGGCAAGGUCAUGGAAAAACGCACGUAUAUGCCGUGCCUCGUGUUAGACGGUGGCGGCGACGUGGACGUUUCUCUCCUUGACGUCUUGCGCGAAGACUAUUUCGAGGUGAUGAAGUACACGAGCAUACGGUGCCAGGAAGGCGAAAAGGAGACGAGUGGGUUCACAAUUCCCAAGGGUGUCCCGAGGGCCCCGACGGAGGAGAACGGUGCCAACAUGCGGACCUUCUCGAGCAAGAGCUUGACGCAUCUUGGCAGCGACAUGCACGCCUUCACCGUAAACAACGACAUUUACCUGAGCGACGCUCAGACGAUGCGCUUGUGGAAGGGACCUCGUGUUGAGGAUGCGCGAAGACUGUCGGUGAUUGAAACGUUUUUGAGAAAUAACGUGUGCAGCGCCUACUCUUCCGUGCAAAUCAGGAAAGUUUCCGAGAGCACGAUUAAGAAGGUUGCGCAGAAACCAAACGGUGGGAGCAAGAUGAUGAAUGCUCUCAUUAGAGCCCAUGCUGGCACGACACCCCCGUCGCCGGACGUCGCUUUGAGCAACCGUUACCUGGUGAACGUCGCGGGCGUCGGGUCGACAUUCUGCAUGAACAAGGGUUCCGAACACGCUUCAAAUUCGGUGUACUUCAUCAUCACGGCCACGCAAUGCUUCCAGAGAUGCUUUUCUAAAAAGCCCGAGAUUAGGCGCGGGGGGACGACUUGCGCCGAGUACAGGUCGUAUGGAUUUGCGGUGCCGCCGUCUGUGUCGGCCGUCUUGUUUCCGGGUGAAGCCGUAAAGACCCCGGCCAUCGCCUCUCUGGCCAUGUGUCCAGACCCCAAGAACAGGGGUAAGAAGAAGCGCCGGCGAAUGGAGUGGGGGAAUAAGAAACUGUAG